AUGGCAUCCAUCUUCACAUAUGAUCCCAAUCCUCCGCGGGUUGCUUCUCCGUGGUUGAAAGCUGAAGAAGCCGGUGCAUCCGCCGGCGACACCGAGGAGCUCCAAGCUGCAUCACUCUCCUUGCAAGAAGGUGCACAGACAGGACGGGUGACUCGCCUACAUGCAGAGCCGCAGGAAGGACCUGUUGAAUACAAACUCCAUCYCCUGCUGCGUCCACGCCGAAAGUUCCGCUCCACAAGCACGGGAACCCAUAUCUCGGGCUCGAAGCAUUCCAUGUUUGAUGGCUAUCAGUCCAACCAGAGUUUGCUAGGCGAAGGUGUAGACCAAGCCACUGUGGCAGCCUCGUCUGGCAUAACGCAGCAAACUAGGCAGCACAGAUUGGAGCAGUUGACUACUCAGCUCCUCUGGCGACUGCAGCAAUCAUCCCCGCAUCACACAUCUUCUGCUACGAACACAAUUCUCCCUUCUCUUCCGGAGGCAUUACCAGAGUUGCAGGCACCACAACAGCCAGCAAAACUACUCCAUGGCUUGGAAGAGAGUCAAGGCGCUCUGUAUGAGAUUGGCGUGACUGAUGAUGGUACGCUUGUAGGGCUUGCGGAGGAUGAAAUGUCCGAGAGUCUCAACAAUCUACGUGCAAUGGCUGCCUGCUUGGGUUGCACUGUGGAGGUCCUCCGUAAGGAAACCGUCGGAGCAUGUGAGUGGUUUGAAGACGCCGUCGUAUCAAGAAAGGAACGCAGAACGCAAAAAUCAGGCAAGCUUGUUGUCGCGGAGGCUUUGGUCAAGCCAUUCCUGCACGUCAACAUCCACUCCCCCUCUGUUGGUGAUGCAGACCGUGUCAUAUCGCCUCCGAGCUCUGCAGAGCUUGCUCCCCUCACCACCGAGCAGCUUCGCAUCACACUCACUGGACCUACAGGAUGUGGCAAAUCUACAUUACUGGGAAGUUUGGUAACUUCAACACUCGACAAUGGCAGAGGCAAGUGUCGAUUGAGCAUGCUCAAGCAUCGGCAUGAGAUCACCUCGGGUAUUACCAGCUCCGUAACGCAAGAGCUCCUUGGCUACCAAGAUAUUCGUGGUGGUGACAUGGCAGUCGUCAAUUAUGCUACCGAAAAUGUCGCAUCGUGGAUUGACAUUCAUGUUGCCGCAGGAGGCGAUCGAAUGGUCUUCAUUUCUGACUCGGCCGGCCAUCCACGGUAUAGAAGGACGACCUUGAGAGGACUGAUUGGCUGGGCACCACAUUGGACUCUGCUGUGCAUCCCAGCAGACGACACUGAGCAGGUAGGAAGCCGGACAGGUCCUACGGCUAGUACUUCCGUUCAUGACAUGGACCUCUCUGGAGCGCAAAUCGACCUUUGUCUACGACUCGGUCUUCAUCUGGUAAUCGUCAUCACCAAACUAGAUGUCGCUUCCCGCUCAGGUCUGAGAGAGACGUUGACAAAAAUCUUGGACGCUCUCAAAGCUGCAGGCAAGAAACCGGCUAUUCUGCCUAACAAACCAGGAGUCGUCAAUGAUGAAACUGAUCUACAGGUCGUGGGACAUGAUACCGUAGCCGCUGCCUUCAAAGCUUCGGUCCCAUUACUAAACGACCCAAGACAAACAGUACCCAUAGUCUUAACCAGCGCUCUCGAUGGUACGGGUGUAUCAACACUCCACGCCCUCCUUCACGAGCUGCCACUCCCUGAUGUUUCUCAGAGUAAAGCUUCCUCGUCAACGGUCUUCGACAUUGAAGACAUCUACAGCAAACCUGCCGAAGUUGCUGGUGUCAUCAUAUCUGGACAUCUCCGUGCUGGAAACAUCUCCGUCGGAGAUGAAGCCGUUAUCGGACCCGUUUCCUCCAUCGAUUCACAUGAAGAUUCUGAGGAUUCGGAUGAGAGACCGUUUCGUAGGACUACCAACGGCCUCCCCACGUCUCGGUCUUUCCCUGGGGCAUUGAGRGGUUCACAUUUAGGUCCACAAUUCUUCCAACAUCCCAACCAGGAGUGGCGAAGGGUGAAGGUUUUGAGUGCAAGGAACUUGAGACUACCCGUUCACACGAUCCAGGCUGAUCAAGUAGGGACACUGGCCAUUGCUGCUGUUGAUACAGAUGGCAAAAGUCUACCAUUGGGAAGGCUACGAAAAGGAAUGGUUUUGACAAAAUCACAACCGCUAGCUACAAGGAGCUUCACUGCGAAGUUCAAAAGAGAGGAUCUGGAUGGGCUUGCUGUGGGGAAUCAUGUGGUGGUUUACAUUUCUAGCGUGAGAGCUAGCGCCAAGGUCAUCUCCGCAAGAGCGCCAGACUCCCCAAUCGAGGAGAGAAGGACUUCUUCGAAUGCAGAGGAGGCGUUCGCUUUCGACGAGGAAGAGGUCCAAGAGGCAAAACACGAGAGGUUUGCGGGUGUGAUGACAGUAAAGGAGCUCCUGGUUACAUUGAGCUUUGUUGCUUCCAAGGAAUUUGUGCAGCUGGGAGAUCAAGUGUUGGUGAUGCCUGGAGGUGGACCGGGGUUGUUUGGAGGGAAUGAAAGGGGUGAGAAAGGGUUGGCGGGACUUGAGGGAUUUGUUGGGGAGAUUGUUGAGGUUCGGGGGUGA